CUAAAAAAAUUUAUAAUCUUUGGAGAUAAAGAAAGAGAGGCUUAGCAGCAAAAGCUACAUUUUUUGUUUCUUCGAUUUGCAGAAAUCACAUUUCCUUGGGCUUCAGCCAAAAAUGGCAGCGGCAGCUUCCACUUCCAUGGCGGCCACCGCCGUCUUGCUCCACCGCCUCCCCGCCGCCAGACCCGCCGCCGUCUUCUGCCCCUUGCCCCAACGCCCUACCCUUUCCGCCACUCCCUUCAAGCUGCUCAAAGAGUCGAGGAGGUCCUCCCAGCUCCUUGUCAAGGCCACUUCGUCAGAGGAGAGCUCUCUCGACACCACUGAAUUGUUCAACGACCUCAAAGGAAAGUGGGAUGCUGUUGAAAACAAAACUACUGUGAUUCUUUAUGGUGGUGCCUCAAUUGUUGCAAUUUGGCUAGCUUCCACAGUUGUUGGUGCAGUCAACUCUGUUCCAUUGGUAGGUUUUUCUUCAUGCUCAAGUCUUAAGCCGUCUGUGUUUCUUUUUGUCGAUAUAGCUAAUGAAUACUCGUCGUCAUCAGCUUCCCAAGAUCAUGGAGUUGGUCGGGCUUGGAUACACCGGCUGGUUUGUGUACCGUUACCUGCUCUUCAAGGUACGCCCCCAAAACGAAGCAUACUUAUUUGUAUUCUCUGGUAAAUGUUGUGACUUAUAUUUAAUGUGUUUCAUUCUUGCAGUCAAGUAGAAAGGAACUGGCAACAGAGAUAGAAACACUAAAAAAGAAGCUUGCUGGAACUGAAUAGAUGCUUGCAGCUUUGUUACAUUCAUCUUAAUACACAAAUAUUUAUUAUAUAUGCUGUAUAAGAGAGAUCUGGUGUUGUAAUUUAGAGUAGGACAUAUGUAUGCAUUUUUCCCUUCAUCAUAUUCAAAUAAAUGCCUUCCUUUUUUCA